AAGCACACCAUCAAGAUGUCCAACAGAGCUUCCUGCCUAAGCCUGCAGCAAUGGAUCAUGGAUCGAGACACACAGGGUAUGCUCAAGUCUCCAGUGCCCUUCCUGCUAGGGCACAGCCUCUCCAAGGAUGGCAUGGACUCUUUCAGCAAGCAUUUUGAGAGCAUCAUGGAGUCCCAUCGAGCCAAAGGCACAUCUUACACCAGCCUGGACUCCAUUGACAUCCUCUCCUCCCCAGCCCGCACUCAUGGGACCUUUUUCACUUUUGAUCUCCCAACCCUUACCCCAGAAGUACAGGGACAGAUCCGAGACAGUGUGAAGCUGAUCGAGGAGAACUUUGCUCCUCUGGCUCAUUUGGAGCCGGACUCUGGGACCAGUUCAGCCACAGAUGCCCCCUGGACUGAGAGGGAGGAGGAGAGGGAGAGGCGAAGGAAGGGUGCUCGGCACAGCCCUUGCUGCUCAGAGGACAGCUUUGGUACUCCCUUGGCCUCCAAUAUGAGCGAGCACCCCCUGAGCCAGCUGGUUUCUGACUCGGACUCGGAGAUGGACAGCAUAGAGCAGCUGGCCCUGGGCAGCACCGACACACUCUCCAAUGGGCACAAGGCUGAUCUGGAGGCUGCCAAACGCCUGGCCAAGCGGCUCUACAACCUGGAUGGCUUUAAAAAAGCAGAUGUGGCCCGCCACUUGGGGAAGAACAACGAGUUCAGCAAGAUGGUGGCAGGAGAAUAUCUGAAGUUCUUCGUGUUCACAGGGAUGAGCCUGGACCAGGCCCUCAGGUCCUUCCUAAAGGAGCUGGCCCUGAUGGGAGAGACACAGGAGCGAGAGCGAGUGCUUGCUCAUUUUUCCCAGCGCUAUUAUGAGUGCAAUCCCAAUGCCAUCUCCUCUGAAGACGGAGCCCACACCCUGACCUGUGCCCUGAUGUUGCUGAACACAGAUCUGCAUGGACACAACAUCGGAAAAAGAAUGUCCUGCUCUGACUUCAUUGGCAACUUGGAAGGACUCAACGGAGGCACUGACUUCCCCAAGGAGCUGCUCAAGGCACUGUAUGGCUCCAUCAAGAACGAGAAGCUGCAAUGGGCCAUAGACGAGGAGGAGCUGAGGAAGUCCCUUUCAGAGCUGGCUGAUCCCAAACCUAAGUCCAUCAAACGCAUCAGCAGCUGCAGUAACCCCUUCCUGGACUUCUCCCAGGACUCCAGCAUCGCCACCUACAAGCACGGACUGUUAGUGCGCAAGAUCCAUGCUGAUCCUGACUGCAAGAAAACCCCCCGAGGGAAGCGCAGCUGGAAGCCCUUCCACGCCAUUCUGAAGGGGAUGAUUCUCUACCUGCAGAAGGAGGAGUACAAGCCAGGGAAGGCGCUGGCAGAAGAGGAGCUGAAGAACGCCAUUAGCAUCCACCACUCGCUUGCCACGCGGGCAUCAGACUACAGCAAGAGGCCCAACGUCUUUUACCUCAGGACAGCCGACUGGAGGGUCUUUCUCUUCCAAGCACAGAACUCCGAGCAGAUGCACUCGUGGAUCACACGCAUCAACGUGGUGGCAGCCAUGUUCUCCGCACCCCCCUUCCCUGCUGCCAUCGGCUCUCAGAAGAAGUUCAGCCGCCCGCUGCUCCCCAGCUCUUGCACUCGGCUGUCCCAGGACGAACAAGUGAAGAGCCACGAGUCCAAGUUCAAGACGAUGUCAGCAGAGCUACUGGAGCACCGCUCCUCUCUGCCAGAUAAGAAGGUGAAGGGCAAGGAGUACGAGGAGCUGAAGCAAAAGGAGGAGUACCUGGAGUUUGAGAAAUCCCGCUACGGCACCUAUGCCAUGCUGCUGCGGGCCAAGCUGAAAGCUGGCUCUGAGGACCUGGCGGCGUUUGAGUCCACGCUCUUUGACGCAGCAGGCGGUGAGGAUGACGGCCUGAAAAAAUCCCGCUCCAGCCCCUCGCUGAACGCCGAGCCCUCCAGCACAGGCACCAAGGUGAAGCGCAACAUCUCAGAGCGUGCCAGCCGCCAGCCCCCCGGCCACCCCCAGAAAUCAUAAGCCAGGGGCAUCAGCCACCUGUACUGCAGCUCUGAUCCUGCCCAAGGGCGCUGGGUGGGUGCCACAUACCUGCUGGGACCCUGCAUGAGUCCAUCCUCCAGGGGCACGCGUCGCGGUGGGGACAGCCGUACUCAGCCACCAGCAGCAGUCCGGCGGCCCCUGGGCCAGAGACAGAUGCAGGGCAGGACCAAGGGGCUGCAGGCCGGAGCUGCCCCACAGACUCAUUCCUGCUCCCCUUGUUCUAUGCUUGGCUGCAGGCUCCCCUCCAGCUCCUCACCCCAGGGAGGGGCAGGGACUGACACUCCCUGACUGGGCUACUUUCCUUGGUGUAAAACUGCAGCGCAGCCGGCAGCUGCUUUCCUCUAGCUCCAUUAUGCCAUGUGGGAUGGAGCCAUCCCUGGCCCCAACUCCAGGAGCUCCCACUGCCCCCACGCCUCUUGCUUUCUUACAACUUUUGGACGGUUUUUGUGAUACAGUUUUGCACUUUUUAGUACCAGAUUGAGCUGACCACCAGGGAGUUUUUUGAGGGGCUAAUUUUGACGCUUUUUGGGAACUAUUUAAGAAAAACAACAAACAGAAAAACACUGCACCAAACUCAGCCAUGUCCUGUAGAUUGUGCACUUCUAGGGGGGAAAUGUUUUUACAUGGACUCAAAGGAGGACACAGUACCCCCCCCAGACAGUGAGCUGAGCGUCACUGCUGUGCUGUGAGCCCCCACCCUGCACCAGCAGCCCUCCUGCAGAGCCCUACAGCUGAGCAGCACUGCGUGCAUGCUGGCUCUUUGCGAAUAUGGGCACAGCUCUGCAGUCUGGAUGUGGCCCUGGGUCCUGCCUGCGUGUGCAUUGAGCAGAGGUGGGUAUGGCGAGGGGGAGGGAGAGUGGGGCUUUCCUUCCAGUGCCACUUCUCCAAAGCAUCACAAGGGCCUUGGAGGAUGUAAAGCUGAGUGCCGGUCCAAUAAGAGGAGGAGGAGCAGAGGCUGGAGAGCCUUCUCUUUAGCUGCAGGCUCUCUCAGUUCCCAGGCAUGUCCACAGGGUGAGCAUGGCUGGAAGACACUUGGAGCAAACACUGGUGCUCACAUGGCUGCAGGAGCACUGGAGGCAGGUGGCAGGCACUGGGGCUGGAGAAGGGCGGGGGGCUGCCGCUGCUCCUGGUGCGUGGGACCUCGCCAGUUUCAGCACUUUGCGAAUGUGUCAAACUUUUUAUUCUGCUCUUUUGAGUCUAUUGAACAAAAAAAAAAAAAAGAAAAGAAAAAAAACAAGAACAGAAAAAACAAACAAAAAAAAAAAUCCACCCUUGCUCCAGGUGGCUCGGGGGGAGAAAAACCUUUGUACAGCUUCUUCUGUCGGUUACU